UUUGCCGACAUGUCAGUAAACGCAGCACGCAUGCGUUCGUCACUUUCCUGAAUAACGACGUUUUCCUGUGAAAGAUGGCGGCGACCUUGUGUUCGAAAUUGCUGCCAAAACAUGGAUGGCUUCCCCUCACACAGAGUGUCCGACACGGGUCCAAGGCUGUGACCCGCCACAGGAAGCCUCUGCACAUCCAGAAACAGAAGCUGCUAGCGGUUACUCAGUACAUCCCCCCGCACGGGAGUUUCCUCCAGGCGCUUACCCGUCCCAGACCAAACACGUCCAGGAGGAUAAUGAUUUGACCUUACUAAUGAAGAGGGAGUUGAAGAAGUUGUUUGAGGAUUGUAAAAUGAUCGCCGUGGUCCAGAACAGCAGCAGCAGUGCUGAAGACAUGAUGACUCUCAGGCACAGACUUUAUAAACACAACAUCACAGUCAAGUUCUUCCCCAACAAGGUCGAUCCUCCAGUCUCUGUUGGUGCCAUGGCUGACUCAAGCUGGUGGAGGCUGACCUUCUCACGCAAGAAGAAGUCUGAAUCCAAGGUUCUGUAUGAAAUCCCAGCAGAGCAUGGCAGUAACACUGGGAACAAAGACCACCCAAGUAGUAACGGCUCUCCAGAACUGGACAGCCAGUUGAAUGCCAAACUGGAGAAAAUCGUCGAUAAAUCUGCCACCAGGACGCCACGUCAAGGUCUCCAACUCGGCCGCUACAAGGAGAAGAAGAGGGUCCGCGUCACGCUGGCCGAGAACCCAAAUCUGUUUGCAGACAACAACCUCAGUCAAGAGAAUCAUAAAAAGAAGACAGAGAAAUAGCACAGAAAAUGCACAUACUUGAUCAGUAAUGUGUCAUAUACAC